AUGGACAAACUAAAAGCUACCUGUGUCUUCCCAUUUGUGUACGGAGACACGAUCUACUACAACUGCAUCUCCAAGCACAGCGACUACCCCUGGUGCUCCCUGGACCAUAAAUUCCAUGGGCGGUGGCGCUACUGCACGGGCCAAGACCCCCCCAUGUGUGUCUUCCCUUUCCGCUACCGAAGUAGAUCCUUCCAGAACUGCACCAAGAAGGGCUACAUCUUUCAGCGGAGUUGGUGCUCACUGACCAGCAAUUACGAUCAGGAUGGGAAAUGGAAGCAGUGCUCUCCUUACGAUGUAUAG